AUGGCUUCAUCAACUUCCUCCAAAAGAUCUCGGCCUCUGCUUAUUCCACAUAAGCGCGCUCUUUUACCAGCCAACAGGCCAGGCCCCAAAGUAUACAAAGUGCUCAAUCCUAGCGCCAUCCCCGCAGAGACAAGGAUCAAACAAUCAUACGAAGAAGCCACUCAAGAAAGAAAUAUGCCCACAAAUCUAAAUGAGCGUAAUAAAAUCAAAGUCAAAGAUGAAGAAGACUACGAGCCCCAGCCCCCGCGCUUUGAAGUCUCAUUCUCUAUGCCGCCACAGCCCUUCCUCGACCCGCCGACUUGGGAAGCGAUGCUCAAGCACAGCCGCGAGAAAUUAGCAGCACAGUCAAUAAAAGAUGAACCAGAUUCAGGGGCAGACCAGGAAGAUGAAUCGGCGGAGCGGGUGAGACAACGAGUCACGCGUGAGACGGAGUAUGGGUCUAUGGCUAUUCGGGGGCGGUCAAGUGUACGUGGACGUGGGAAGAGGGGAAAAGGGAGAGGCAAUGUUUACUGGGGUGGUAGGCAUUGA